UAUUUUACAUUAUUUUUUCUCCUCCCAAUUUUUCCCACGGUUUCCUGAGAAAGGUCCCCCUCCCUCUCCUCCGGCACCCAAUGGCGGACUGGUCUCAGCUACCCAAAGAACUUCUAAACCUAAUCGCCAAACAACUCCACAGCCCCUUCUACCAAAUCCGUUUCCGAUCCGUCUGCUCCUCGUGGCGAUCCUCUUUCUCUCCUAGACCUCGCCGCCGCUUGCCUGGUCGUUUCCCUUUCCUACCUAACGAUGGAAUUCUCUACGCCACCUGGGGUUUCCAGCUUUCCAGGCGCACCGUGUUCCUCAUGGGAUUCCCUAAUCCUCGUUCCAACAUCCCUGACUCCUCCUGGCUCGUUAAAGUGGAGGAAGUCCAUCCCGAUCGAAUGCGCUUCCUGAACCCGCUCUCUCGGUUCCAACUCAAGCCCUUGCCAAAAUCUUUCCCCAGGGUAAUGAACCUGUCGGACCUCGAAGUAUUGGAAUUGGGUCAGGAAUACGUUCUCCACUACAUGAAUUUCCGACCCUUCGGCGAGUCUCUGGGCGAUGUGGGAAACUUGUACAUGGAAAAAGUAGUUUUCAUGUGCUUGGGCUGCGAAGAAGCCGAUGAGUUCGCGUUGCUCACGAUUCAUGUUUCUGGGAAAUUGGCCAUGUUCAAGUCUGCUCAUAAGCGGUGGACUAUAAUCCCGGAUAUGCCUUCGCCGUACGACGAUGUCGUUUUGUUCAGUGGGGAAUUUUACGCGGUUGAUGGUACGGGGAGGGCCGUAGUUGUUGGUUUGUCGUUGAAUGUGGGUUUGGUUGCGGAGCCCGUGUUUGGCGGCGACAAGAAGUUUCUGGUCGAGUCCAAUGGUGAGUUGUUGUUGGUCGAUAUGUAUCUGAGUGUGGGGGACUUAGGUGUUGGUGAUGGUGAUGGCGAUGGUGAUGGCGAUGAGAUUGUUGAAGAGGUUUAUGAUCGGUAUGUGGGGGAGAGGACGGUUCGGUUUAAGGUUUUUAGGUUGGAGGCUGAGGGGAAGAAGUGGGUGGAGGUGAGGAGCUUGGGGGAUCGGGUGUUGUUCUUGGGGGAUGAUUGUGCAUUUUCGGCCUCAGUGUCGGAGUUAUCAGGUUGCACUAAAGGGAAUUGCAUAUUAUUUACGGACAAUUUCUUCUACAUGAGCUGUGAAGAAGGUGGUGUUAGUGGUGAUGAUGUGGUUUUUAAUGGGCGUGAUAUAGGCGUGUUUGAUUUAGAUAACGGUCGUAUUGCACCUUUAGAUUAUUUUCCCGAGUAUUCGAAGCUGUUCUGGCCGCCUCCAAAUUGGGCCACCGCAACACCGGUGGCAGUGCAAAAUCAAUUAGAAGAACUGGCAUUGUAAAGUGAUGAUUAUCUUCGUGGUUUUAUGGCCGUCAGAUUGGCGGGUUUCAAAAUAUGCUCUGGAUAUGUAUUUCUGACAAGUAACUUUCUUAUUAGCCAGAAAAGAUAUUUUCCCUCUGCAGAUUCAAGUGCUCGGAUGGUAGUAAAAAGAGGAACUUGAUCUAAACAUCUGUUGGGGGAGAAAAUCACAGGUGGGAGUAGUAAUGGACAUGGAACGGCACCAAUCUGACUUUUUGUAAAGAUUAUUGAAUAACAGAGUUCGACACGGACUUGGGGCGUGCGCCUAAUUAAGCAAUUGCAAGAUGCUGACUCUUAGUUGUUGCUCUAGCAAAUCUCGGCUUUUGAUAAUGCAUUGUCGCAGUUGAGACUUGGGAGGGAAACAGGGGAGCUAUUGGCAACGGCUUUGCUUCUGAGAGGCGGUGGGAGCACUAAGAGGACAGGAUUGUUCAGUAAAAAUAACUGUAGUCAAGAACUUUUUUGUAUUUUGUUUUUCUACGCUAACGAAAGAUGCUCAUUUCC